UUUGUUGAGAACCCAAAAAGUUAUGGACCAAAAUAUGGCUCCGGGACAACUCUACCCAAAAAUGGUGAAUUCUCAAAACGUCCAAAACUCAUAAUGUCAAGAUACCAUAAUGUCCAAAAAAAUUUCCCCAAUUUUAGUACCUCGAAAGCAAAGAAGAAUGUGGAGGCCGUUGGACAUAUAUGGUAGCGGUAUAUUUUGUUUUCCAAUCUGCUGCUCUUAUUGGGUUUGGGGAUUUGACAGCAUCAAGAAGUUUAUACUUGACAGUUCAUUUACCAAUGUUAAUUAUUGGGCAAGUAUUGUUACAAUCACUUUUUGCUGAAGCAAUCAAAUAUAUUCGUUAUAAAUUUCCUUUAUGGGUUGAAAAUGCUUGGGAUGCUUUUAUGAAAGCUGCAUUCAAUAAAAACCCUCCAAUAAUGGUUAAAUUUCCUCAAGAAACACAACCAUCAGCUAGACCAAAAAAGAAAAAAGAAAAGGCAAUAUCUAAUAAAGCUAAUAAUAAUAAAAAGGUUAGGGUAUAA